GCUCACAGCAACACGCGCAUUGACAGAGAGACGAGAGACGCGUGCAGCAACGUUUAUUAUCGUUUUGGAGCACUUUAUAAAUCUUGGAUCUUGGUGGGAAAUGACAUAUACCAAAGCGGACUAACUCCACACGAAUAAUAAACAUGUUGUGCAUUCGGAAUUCAGGUGACUGUUUCCGGGACCAGAUGCAAUACAUGAUGAGAUCUCUGCAGGAUUUGAAACAGAUCCGUGAACCAAUCGACCCUCCUAAUAGAUCUUAUGCAGUAACGCGUGCCUGCCAAAAGAGGGCACAACAGCGCGAGCAACUUAACCGCCUGCGAAUCUCUGAUGUAAGCGACACCGGCACCUAUGAUUCCGCCUGCUGCCUGGCCAGCCCGUUAGAGGAGGAGGAGGAGGAAGCUGACGUUGAGUGUCUACCUCAGGGUUCCCCGUGUAGCAUGAAAAGUCUGGACUUUGAUUCUGGAUAUUCCGAAGCAUCGUGGCAGGAUGAAGGCAUGGUGUUGCGACGGACAAGGAAUUUACGUGUUUCAUCAUCUGCGUGUGUCCGCACCAACCAAAUACGACCCAAAUCUACAUCGGACGCUUGCCUGGAACGUUGGACAUCAUUUGAGGCCAGUGAGCCCGAGGACUGGACCACGUCUUUGCUAACCAGAGGACGUAACCGGCAACCCUUGGUUCUUGGGGACAACAGCUUUGCAGAUCUCAUUAAAAACUGGAUGGAUCUUCCAGAGUGCCCAGAUUCUGCUGACUUAAAACCACACGUGAGCCGCAAAAUAGCCAAGGACUUUCUGGUGAACAUGCGGCGGAAACUAACAGGCAUAACAAGGGGAGUUGAGGGGAAAUCGGUGGAGACCUGCACUAAACGGAUGUCUUGUCCUGUGGGUUUUCAAGUCCCAAAGCCAUUUUUUCACCAGUCCCACACAAGUUUGCACCAAGUGGGAUCAGACUUUUACCAGUUUAGUGCUCUUAUGAAGACAGGAAGUCGACAGCCUAUCAUAUGCAAUGACAUCAUUGGAUACAUCUGAUGUAUUUAUGACAAAAACGGACUCAUCCUUUGAGAUUGCCUAUAAACUGCUGCAGUUAUAAUUUCCUAUAACACGCUUAUAUGCGUUAAUAAAUAUUGUAAUAAAUGGUUUAAUAUAAAAAAUAAAUAUUUAUGCUUUUUUAUCAAGCUAACAGACACCAUACUAAAUCUUUUGGUCUUCAUUACAGACAUAACAUUUACAUUUAUUCGUUUGGCAGAUGCUUUUAUCCAAAGCGACUUACAAAAGAGGAAUAAUACAUCAUAAGUGAUUUAUCUUAAGGAGACAAUAGUACGAAAAAUGCUGUAUUACAAAGUUUCAAUUGCAUUAGAAUAAUAGUAUUCAAGACAGGCUAGAGUGCAUCAAAAAUAACAUAUAUAUGUGUGUGUAUGUGUAUAUAUAUAUAUAUAUAUAUAUAUAUAUAUAUAUAUAUACACAGUACUGUGCAAAAGUCUUAGGCACAUAAGAUGUUUCACAAAAGCAUUUAUUUUUUUUCUCCCAAUUUGGAAUGCCCAAUUCCCAAUGCACUCUAAGUCCUCAUGGUGACAUAGUGACUCGCCUCAAUCCGGGUGGCAGAGAACGAAUCUCAGUUGCCUCCGCAUCUGAGACCGUCAACCUGCGCAUCUUAUCACGUGGCUUGUUGAGCGCAUUACCGCGGAGAUAUAGCGCGUGUGGAGGCUUCACACCAUCCACUGCGGCAUCCACGCACAACUCACCAUGCGCCCCACCGAGAGCGAACCACAUUAUAGCGAUCACGAGGAGUUUACCCUGUGUGACUCUACCCUCCCUAGCAACCGGGCCAAUUUGGUUGCUUAGGAGACCUGGGUGGAGUCACUCAGCACACCCUGGAUUCGAACUAGCGAACUCUAGAGGAGUGUCUUUACCACUGAGCUACCCAGGCCCACAAAAGCAUUUGUAUUAAGAUGUGUCAAUAGAAAAUAUAAAUGUUAGACUCCAAAACAUUACUUUUGCAAAUAGAAAAGAUUAGAACAGAAGAACAGGGAGCCCUGCAACAGAUGUCAUGGCCCCCACAAAUCCCCCACUGAACAUCGAGUCAGUCUGAGAUUACAUAAAGAGACAGAAGUAAUUGAGACAGCCUAAAUAGAAGAACUGUGGUGAAUUCUCCAAGAAGCUUGGAACAUCCAAUCUGCCAACAACCAAGAAAAAAUGUGUCCAGGUGUAUCUAGGAGAACUGGUGCUGUUUUAAAGCAAAGGUGGUCACACCGAAUAUUAAUUUCGCUUUUUUUAUGUUUACUGGACUUUGUAUGACAUUUAAGCGAUAAAUGAAAACUAUUUAUGGCAUUAUUUUUGAAGAAAUCCUCACAAUGCAACAUUUUUCACAACUGCCUAAAACUUUUGCACAGUACUGUAUAUAUAUAUAUAUAUUUAUUAUGAGUGCAUGGUCAAGUGCUCAUGGAAAAGAUGUGCAGCAACAUAAGCAACUUUAAAUUUGCUUUUUCAUUUGUUUACCUUUAAAACCAGUU